AACAUGGACAUACAUUCAGAACACAGAAAUGAAUGAUAAAUCAGUUUUUCUCCCUUCUCUCUCUCUCAAUUUCCUCUCCAAUUUCUCUAGAUUUAUAACACGUUAUCAGCACGAGUCUUUAACCGGCUGAGUUCUCUGAUGAAACCCGGUCAGAUAAGCCAACACCAGACAACAAAACCACAGCCACUGGAGCUCAAAAUUGAGCAGUCCAUGGACCACUGGCAGUUCCUGAUCAACAACAGUUUCUUCAGCAACUUUAAACACCAUUCUCCAAAUUCACACUAAGCUCUUCACUCUUCUUAAGCUCUCCCUUCUUGCAAAGCCACAGCUUCACAGUUCUUCACACUGAUCCAUCAAACACAGCUCAUGAGAAAGCAACAGAAUUUGAAAUGUCUGAUAACCAAACAGAGCACAUGAGCGACCACCUCUCGGAGCAGACCUCAAUUUUUGGUCUUCGUUUGUGGAUCGUUCUUGGGGUUUGCGUUGGAGCUGCUUUUGUGCUCGUUUUGUUUGUCAUUUCCCUCUGGUUGGCCUCCAAGCGAUCCAAGAACAAAACUUUACAAAAACCCACAAUCCCAAUUGUCUCCAAAGAGAUCCAGGAGAUCAGAGUCGACCAUGUUCGGACCCAAGUCCAAGCUUACCCAUAUCCUGAACCCGACCCAAUUCCCAGAAUCGAAAGGCAAGCCUUGCUGACGCCUACAGAGGAUGAGAGCCCAGCUAGGUACCAGAAAGUUCACAUUGAAACCCAGAUCGCCUCAACGCUCUCUCUCUCUCUCUCUCUCUGUCAGCCACAACUACAGAACCAAAAACAUCUUGAGGCCACAAAGGCCUUUCAUGUCCAAGAAACUCCCAUUCCUUUGCUGAGAGUUAAGUCUCUUGGUGUUGAGAGUAAUGGUAAAACCCAACAGUUAUGUGCUUCUGCACAAGCCAAGAAAGAGGUUGCUUCUGUUCUUCAAUCACCAAAGCCAGUCCUGGAGAAGAAGACUCAGGUCUCUGAGCAUGCUAGUGCUCCUGCUGCCAAGGCACAGGUGGUAGGAUGGCCCCCGAUUCGAUCAUUUCGGAAAAACUCCAUGGCCUCUAAUUUGGCAAAGAACAAUGAUGAUGCUGAGGGCAAACAAGGGUCUGGGUGCCUUUGGGAUGCUGAAACGAUGGUGCUCCUUAUCUGGACAGACCCAUGGUGACAGCUAACGACCGAAAUGAUGAAAACAAAAGGAAAGUGAGCUAGCACUAUGCUAAAGCAUCUUUUUAAUAAAAACAACAAACCCACCGACAGAAAGAAAAAU